GCAACUUGCUCAAAUCUCAUUGAGUAUCAUUUCCUUUUUGCUGCAGGAGCUCCCAUGAAUGCCCUGGAUACACAGCAACUCAGCCACCCUUGGUCUCAGCCUCCAAAUGCUGAUACAGCAGCACGUCCAUUUCAGAGAUUAUUCCCAAAUAAAUGGGGGAAGGAAAAGAGCUUUAAGCACCACUUUGCUACGUUUCAUUUGAUGCCAGCUUGGUUGUUUAGCUUUUGCCUGUGAGACUCCACCUCCUUUCUGAGUCCCCUUAAACCACGUACAACAUCUAUCCCAGCGCGGCUCCUGCCCAGCACACCGGCAGAGAGCUGCGUCCCUGUGGUGCUGAGGAGAGGUCGGGCACCUGGUGCCACCACAAACCACCACCAUACAACGGGAUUCCCAUUGGAUUGGAAGGAUUUGUGGCUUGAUACCUCUACCAACAUCUUCUUGGCCCUCCGAGUAAACUAAAGGAAGCGAUUGCCUGGCACUGACUUGGGAAACAUUCUUUUUUAAGGGAAAAAGGAACACAAGUGGGAAGAGUUCUUCUCUUGGUUCCACUCUCCACACACAGGUUACAAUGCCAGGCAGGGAGGAGGCCCUCGCUAUCCAUCAUCUCCUCCUGGCACUUUGCUGCUUCACUUGGAAAACAAGAGGAGGAAAGGACACAAGACACUUCAUCCCAGCGUGUUUUUAACGGCCGUUGAACCGCUGGAUUGAGGAUUCAUAACAUCAGUGCUGACUGCAAGAAAGCACGCAGAUGCCAGAUGAUUUUGUUCUGUGCCUAGCCAGAGAGAAAAGAUGAGCACCUUUCCCAUUUCAAACACCAGCAACAUUUCGCAGGCUGACUACCUCGAGGACGACAACUGGACAGCGGUCACCCAGUUCACCCAACCAGGAUGGCAGAUCGCCCUGUGGGCCAUCACCUAUUCCUUCAUCGUUAUCGCCUCCAUCGUUGGCAAUGUCACUGUCAUCUGGAUUAUCUUGGCUCACAGGAGAAUGAGGACUGCCACCAACUACUUCAUCGUUAAUUUGGCCCUUUCGGAUUUGUUGAUGUCUGCUUUCAAUACCAUCUUCAAUUUUAUCUAUGCCAGCCACAACGUCUGGUAUUUCGGUGAGGAAUUCUGCAGGUUUCAGAACUGGUUCCCCAUCACCGCAAUGUUCGUGAGCAUUUACUCCAUGACAGCCGUGGCGGCGGAGAGGUAUGUGGCGAUAAUUCAUCCCUUCAAGCCCAGGCUUUCUGCUGGAAACACCAGGGUCAUCAUUGGGAUAAUCUGGUUGGUGGCUUUUGGGCUCGCCUUCCCACAGUGCUUCUAUGCUGAGAUCAUGAUGGACAACGGGACAACAAAGUGCAUCGUUGUCUGGCCAGAUGACACUGGGUCGAAGCACCAGCUCAUGUAUCACAUUGCCGUGAUCGUGUUGAUUUAUUUACUGCCUUUAAUGGUGAUGUUUGUUACAUACAGCAUUAUAGGAAUUACUCUGUGGAGCAGCACAGUUCCAGGCAACCACGUUAAUCGAGUCCGCUACAAACAUCAAGUCAACGCCAAAAAAAAGUUUGUGAAGACCAUGGUGGUGGUAGUGAUCAUUUUUGCUGUCUGCUGGCUGCCCUAUCACAUAUACUUCAUCCUGGGAAGCUUCAAGGAAGACAUCUACCAGCAGAAGUACAUUCAGCAGGUUUAUCUCACCAUCUUUCUUCUUGCCAUGAGCUCAACAAUGUACAAUCCCAUCAUCUACUGUUGUCUCAACCAAAGGUUUCGUUCUGGUUUCAAAUUAGCCUUCCGGUGGUGUCCAUGCAUAAAAGCAACUGAGAUAGACAAGCUUAAACUCACAGCCCCAUCUCUCUGUCAGUCAACCCGCAGAAAAGCAAGAAGAUCAAGUUCCAACACAGAAACUCAAUUCAAUGAGAAAGAGAAGACCUCACUUACCCUCGCCCAGCAAACCCUUUGAUUUCUUCUAAAAAGCCUGCCAUGAAACUGUGACGAAUUCUGGGGUUUUCAGGCCUGCUGCUUCCUCUCUCACCACUUAGAAGUGAGAAAUGGUUCCCUAAAGAGUUAUCUUUGCAUGGAUUUUGAUAUGCUUGUACCAAAAUAUGAUGUAAUUUUCCUGCUAAACUGUGCUCAGGUGACUCCUCCACCUUCACCUCCUUCCUUGUGGCACCCAGCUGGGGACAAAGGCACAUUGAAGAGUCACAGGCAGGGCUGGUUGGGUGCCUGUGAGCUCCUGUCCCUGGGGAAGGUGCUCAGCAAUAGCUGCUGAAGGCAGCUCCUUAACCCCCACUCUGAGCAGCCAGGUUUGCAGCACAUGGUGUAGCACAUGGGUGUGCAAUAGCCAUGGCAUUUCUGAGCUUUGUACUAUGAAGCUGCCUGAACCACAGCCUCAGCAGCCCUGCAAGGUCCCCAUCACAGAAGCCCCUUCGUUGUCUCCUUCUAGACUUACCCAUUUCUGUCAUCACCAUUCUUCCCUCCUCAAAUACUAAAAUAAAGGCUGAAAUGUGUCAUCUUCAAAGCCUGAGACACGUGCACGUAUGCAAAACAGGAGAAUCUGAAAUACAAAAGCGAUACAUACUGUAACUCAGUAUUUUACACCAGAUUGAUAAACAGCACCUUGCAUUCCCCUUCAUCUUUGAUGACAGGUUUGCAUGUAGCAUUACAGAGCCAUACCUUGGCAUGCAGGAAGAUCCUACAAUGUCAACAACAUCCAAUUAUUUCAAAUGAGGGGUCUAGAGGUUGCACAGACACUUGCUGCAGGGAAGCAAAGAACACCUCCACAAUAUUCACAAAAGCCGAACCUCUUUCACAUGCAGCAGUCCCUGAGGACUUCUAUUCUCUAGGGGUAAGAAGCAGUUUGGAAAGGGAAGCCCCACCAGGUCCCACUGCUUCUCAUGGAGUACAUCACCUAUAGUCCACUAAGGUAGAAAGUCACAUGGCCAGAAACACAAAGUCCCUCUCUGCUUGCUAUGAGCUGCAUCCAAUGAACAAAAUCCAACAAACCUGUGCACACACCUCCAAAACUCAGUCACCCUAAGAUCAGGUUGCUGUCAGCUCUGUGCCUCUGCUGAGCUAAGAGAGGGAGCACCAGGCACAGAGGCCUGCACGACAAGCACCCUGUUGGACACAUGCACAAAACCCAGGCACCACCAGGAUUAGGUUCCAGCUCUCCCUGCACAAUAACUCUUCCCAAAGCUGGCAGCCAACAGCACCUCUUCCAGAAAGAACCACUAAACACCAGGUAACACACAUCAAAAAGUUUAAUAUUGUCACAAAUACCACGUAACACUAGUAUCAGAGCUACUAGUGUGCAAAGUAAAAAGACUCUCUACCUUUGCAAAACCAGUCAGGCAUGCAAUUUUUCAGGUAGACACACACUUAAAGCUGCAAUGACUGUUUGUGACUCACAUGUUACUUUACAACAUUCACUCACAGUGCACCAUAACGCAUAUUGAAAUGUUAUCCAUAGGUAGGGCAAUCCAAAUCUUAGGGGUGGAAAGAGGACAAAGAGGAGCAGCCUGCACGCUGACAGUUACUUUCUGCAGGAGAAAAGAGUGGGGAGAACCAUGCAGAGUCCUCACAUGUAUUUUGGUAGAAGAGUGGGAAUUCAGCACUGCUGCGUGGUCUCCCUCUGCAGAAAGCAGAGCGACUGACAAGUGUUAUUUAGCUUUUGCCUUCCUAACUGCUUCUCAAUGCAAGUAAUGCAACUGCUGUGCAAAUACAAUAAUGGCAUUGACUCGACAAAGGGCAGGAUGCACCAAGUGUACACGGUCUUAGUUGUUGCUUUAGUCCUUGGAAUAAGCUGGGCCUGAUGUUGUCUUUGUGGUUUAUUUAGGUUAUGCAGCCAGGUCCUCCAUGUCAAGUUCAAAAUGAAGCCCUUUCUGGUCAUUAACUCUAGCUGAGUGCUUGUGUUCUGAGUGCCUGCUUAACAGUACUAUAGAUUAAAGCUUUGUGUGGAAGCAAAUACCCAUUUAAGGCGAAA